GAUGCAUGUAAACAGUAAACUUUUACCUGUUUGUUGUGUUAGGUUCAAAGUGAAUAACAAAAUGAAUAUUCCCCGAAUAAACGAGCAGUCUAAUGGUUGCGAAGAUGAAAGUUUUAUUAAGGUCGAAGAGACACGCUUAAGUGAGCCGAUCGAUCAACCGGAUAACAUCCAUGAUACCCCAUCGGCUGACAAUGACAAAUCGCAGAAAUCUUUCGAGUGUAAUCAAUGUGGAAAGAAGCUUAGCCAUCGGAAUUCACUUAUUCUGCACAAGCUAAUGCAUUCAGAUAAUGGAUCCUUCAGCUGCGAAAUCUGCGACAAAAGGUUCAGGGAAAAGGAGGUUUUGAGGAGACACCUAACAAGGCACAAGAGGAAUUUUGAAUGUGAUGUCUGCGGAAAAGGGUUUCCCUUUAAGCAUAAACUAUCGAUGCACGCGUUGUCUCACUCGGAAGAUCCGGCCAUACGAAAGUUCAAAUGUGAGAUUUGUGACAAAGCGUUCAAGAUUCGCAGCAAUCUGAACCGGCACCGGCGCGCAUCGCACAUCGAUGUUAAAAGGCCUUUCGAAUGUGACGUGUGCGGGAAUUAUUAUGUCGAUCAGAGAGUCCUGAGCCGGCACAAGUUGAGUCAUUCCAACGAGCGAUCUUUCAAGUGCGAGUUUUGUAACAAAACGUUCAACGAAAAGUGUUCCCAGAUGCGGCACCAGAAAACUCACUCUAAAAAGAUAAAACCUUUCGCGUGUGACGAGUGUCCGAAAGCAUUCGUUCGCUAUAAAUCGCUGAGCGAACACAAGUCCGUUCAUUCUGAUGAACAAGCUAACAAAUGCAAAAUCUGUCAGAAAAGUUACCCGGUAAGUUACCUCAAGAUUCACAUGCGGGUGCAUACUGGUACUCAGCGCUACAAAUGUGAAGUAUGUGGAAAAAACCCUUCGUCUAAAAGAAACCUCGCCAUCCACACGAAAAUUCAUCUUGGCGAAGAGCCUUACAGAUGCGAGAUUUGCGGCGAAAAUUGCUCGAGCAACAAAUACUUGAAAGCACAUCUACGAUCGCACACAGAGAAGGAUCUGUUCGGUUGCGACAUUUGUGGUGAACGGUUUACAAUGAAAAAAAGCCUGCAGUAUCACAUGGCAAAGCACACGAAAGAUCAGUGUGGCAUCUGCGGGAAAGGAUUUGUUAACGCCACAAGAUUAAAGAUGCAUUUACGCAUGCAUACCGACGAGCGACCACAUAAGUGUUCCAUUUGUGGUAAAGCCUACAGAAAUGCGCAAACGUUAAGACAUCAUUUGCCUGGUCACAGCAGUGAGAAAGUCAUAGUUGCGCCGAAAAGUAGCAAUGAAUAAGUGAAGUUAUCAUAAAUUGUAUAAUAAAUAAUUUUUAUUAUACUGCUUUUGAUUUUGCAUUUGCUUUUGAUUUAUGCAUUGUAGAAGACUUAGUAAAUCUUAAAUGAAUGUUUCGCACAAUUACAAUUGAAAAAUAGCGAACAAGCUACUUUAUGUUUUUCCA